AUAAGAAGUUAUUUAUAUUUGGAGGAGGUGACGGACCUGAAUACUUCAAUGAUCUAUAUGUUUUCGACACCGAUACGCUUACGUGGUCAAAACCUAAAACAACAGGCAAUAUUCCGUCAAGACGCCGUGCACAUACCACCGCCUAUUAUAAUAAUUGUAUCUAUGUUUUUGGUGGUGGUGAUGGGGUUCGUGCCCUCAACGAUGUCUACAAAUUAGAUAUAUCUGACAUGAACAAUUUAGUCUGGCAAAAGCUAGAAACAACUGGGAGACCACCAAUUUCUAGAGGUUAUCACACCAGUAAUCUCGUUGGAAAUAAGCUUGUGGUUUAUGGCGGUAGUGAUGGUCACGAGUGUUUUGAUGAUGUUUUUAUGCUGGAUUUAGUCACUAUGCAAUGGGAGGUCCGAAAAGUAUAUGGCACACCGCCAUCAGGCAGGGGGUAUCAUACAACGGUACUUUACGAUUCUCGACUUUUCGUUUUCGGGGGAUAUGAUGGUCAUAGCGUCUUCGACGACGUUUAUGUCUUGGAUUUAUCAGCUUGCGC